UGUCUGGUACAAAGAGAUGCCCAAUAACUUGGCUAUUUUAGUUCGUUUGAUAGGAAAGAAAGGAAGAAAAAAAUGGAGUCUUUAUAGUGACAGCAUUUUGGUGUGUGUUUAUUGUGACUCUAUAUGUGAAAGCUUUUGCAUUUAUGUAGGAGAACAGAGGAAGGAGACCUUGAUAGAGAAAAGAUUGGUGAAUUAGUUUUGCUGAGUUCAAUCUUGAGAGUCGGUCUAGGAGGAGGAGAGAGUGGAGCGACAAGUUUGGCGCAAAAUGAGAUGAAAUUAAGAUUCGUGAAGAAGAGCUAAUUUUGAGUUCUGUUGGAUUGAUGAUGGUCUCUCCGACAAAUUUAUAGGAACACCAAGAUCCGGAGUUCUCAAGAUACUCUGUUUCUUUCUUUCUAAAAAUUCUGCUAAAAAACUGUGUGGGCUUCUAAGAUUAUCUAAAUCUAGCCGAUUUUCUCUCCUUGACAAUAGAGAUUUUUCAUGUCCACAUGGCCUUUUUCAGUUUCUCUCCAUGACCAAAGUCUCUUUCAAAAUUUUAUAAGAAAAUUCAAAAUUUCUCUCCAUUGAUUACGUUUCUUCUUAGAUUUCAUUUCUGGGGUUUCUUCAUUUUCAAUUUUCUGAUCUGGGUUUUGCUCAUUUUUCAAUCUGCCCUACGAUCUCUCUGUUCUGUUUUGUGCAGAAUUGUUUUUAUUGUUUCCCUGUUUUGAGUUUUGGUUUUAUGGGAAGAAAGGAGAAAUGGCACAAGAAGAAGAACAACAGAGGUGUAGUAAUAGUAAUAGUGGUGGAGGAAAAAUUUCUAAAAAAGUAAAAACAAAAAAGAUCCCACAAAGAGGACUAGGUGUUGCUCAACUUGAGAAAAUAAGGUUAGAAGAACAACAAAAGAAAGAUACUUCAGUUUUUGUUCCAUCCCUUCUUCCUCAGAACCAUCAAUCUUCUUCUUCUUCUGUUUCUUCAAUUUCCUUUUCACAAUCUUCUUCUACUAUAAAUAAUGUUUCUACAUCGUCAUCAACUUCUUUGUUUAGAUCACAACCAUCAAUUCCUUUCACUAAUUUUAAUUUAUAUAUUCCACCACCACCUCCUCCUCCUCCUCCACAACCUACAUCUCUUCCAAAAACCAACACUUUUUACGGAUACCCACUUCCUGAAGGUAGUGAAAAUGGUGGGUCUAGUUAUUCUUCUUCAGCCAUGGGAGUUUCAUGUGCGUUUGAUGUAGAUGGGAGAAAUGUUGAUCCAAAUAGGUUCACAAUUGGCUCUCAUACUAACACAAUAUGGCCUCCUAUUAACAUACAACAACAGAGUAAAUAUCAACAGCACCAACCACCUUUUUCAAGGGUGAACGUUUCAUUGCCAACUUCGUCAUCCUCUGGACUAAACAUUCAGAUGGAGCCCCCUUCAAACCAAAGCUUCUAUAACAACUACGCUGCAUCGCAAUUGUGGCCAGAGGAAGAUAAGAUGGUUGGCAUGAAGCGGCCCUGGCCUUUCACUAUGGACAACCCACCAUUAUCUUCCUUUUCUUACAAACUACCCAAUUUCGGGCCUCAGAUUUACAGAUUAGACGAAUCAUCUUCAUGUGUUAGUGGUAACAUGUUCAAUUUCGAACCAGGAAACACAAUUUUCAGAGAGGGUCCUUCGAAUUCAGCUCCACCACUUCUUGCUGAAAGGAGAAGAAGUUUAUUUGAAAUGAAUCCAGCGAAGGGUCCUAAAGAAGGAGGGGUACUAGAGAGAGAUUUUCUUUCUUUAGGACCUCCUCCAACGAAUUCAUCUUUGACGAGUUUUAAAGCUAAGCAUCCGUUAGUUUUUCCAGUUCCUCCUCCACACCAGGAUUUUGCAGAAUUUGAUAUUCCUCCAUUUCAAAUGUAUAAUGAAGAAGAACAUCAUCAGCCACCUUACAGCUUCUUCCCUCCCAAAGGACAGCAUGUUAGCAAUAUGGCGUCGAAAUCAAAAGAUCAAAGAGGCGAAGCUGGAGACAGCUUGGAUCUUAGUCUAAGACUAUAAUAAGUAGGUAGUAUCAUGAAUUACACAUGACAUGAAAACCCUGCUCCUAAAUUCUUCUAGUGGCAUCGACAUACUUUUCUUCAGUGAGGAAAAUAGAGGAGUGCAGAAUUGGCUAACGACAAAUUUAACCCAAGUAACAGAAGAAACUGAAUUGUCUGCUCCCUUCAGUCCCUUGGGAUAAGAAAGGAGGUGUUGAAACAUGAAAGAGAUAGGGAAAAGAAACAUAAAGAAAGCGCCUGUGAGGUUCUUUUUGCAUGAUGUAUUUUUUUUUUUUUAAGUGUAAUGGUGUUCUUUUCUUUCCCAGUUUUGUAUGGGUGAGGUUGAAAGACUAGACACACUAACUAACAUGAUAAAAUGAAAACUUACUCUGCUAGAAAUUGUUGGGAUUCUCUCUAUACACACUAGUGAUAAGUUGAUAACACUAUUAUUUUUUAUUUUUUUUAUUUUUUUGAAGAAACACUUUUAUUGAAAAAACAUGAUAAAAUAAGUAUAUCAGUACAUAAAGAAGACAGACACACUAGAUCGCCAUUUCCGUCGAUCUGGUUCCUCCAAACCCUAAUAACCCAAUCAGAAAAUUCAAUCAUGUUAUCUUCAUCCAUUAUUGGCUAAUCGAUUAAUCCACCGGCCCCAUUCAAGAUGUAGUUUCCAAGUUUUUACCAAGCUCAGAUAUGUUUUUUUUAAUGGUCAAUCCCCCUUUUUCUACUGGUGUUAUGCUAUGAUGAUUGCUUGUAUCAAGUCACGCUUUAUUGGAUCAAUUUUGUUGCAAAGGAAAUUUUGUUUCUCAAUAGAAUAUCCGUCUGACUCAAUCGACUGGGAUUCGCCUUCAUCAGCCGCUUUGAAGUUCGUUUCUCAUCAUGAUUCUUCCUGGUCUUGUCGUCUGCUGUUAUCGUUUAUUAAAUCUCAUACUCAAAGGUACCACUUUCCCCUAAUAUCUCUGAUUUCAUCGACCUUUUUAGGAAAUCAAAGACCUUUUUUUUUCAACCUUGAAAUCCAUAACUAUGAGGUGUCAUCUUAAUAGGCUUAGUUCUGGUUUUUAUCCUAAUCAAUCUCUGACUGCUGCUGAAAUUUUACCUUUCAAACCUCUUUUAAACUCCUUGAUCCCUGCAAUUGUUGUUCAAUAAGUUUUCCAGAACUUUUUGGUAAUCAUUAUGCUUGACCUCUCUAUCAAUUGGAUCUAUAAAUAGCUAUCCAAUUUCAGUAUGCAUUCACCAAUAUUUCCCCUUUCUUAUUCCCCUGCCUUUAGAGUUCGUCUAGUUUUUUACACGUCUCUGUUGGUCUCUCUUUUAUCUAGUUUGUUCAUUAUAUGCUGUAUUAUUUGCUUGCUGUCUGUUGCCAUGCCUAAUGGUUGGCAGAAUUAUAGGGCUUCUUCUAGCCAUCAAGUUCGUUUUAAUUUAAACAAUUUUCCUAGUAGUAGUUGGAAGCAUAAGCUUGUUGGUGGUUUCUUAACUAGAAUGAACAAAAAUUCUUGGAUUUUUAGAAAUGCUUUAAGUUAUAGAUGGUGUAUUGAGGGUGGUUUCUCUGUUAGCAAGUUUAGUAGAUUUUACUAUCUUAUCAAAUUUGAAUCUCGUCUUGAAAUGUUUAGAGUCCUUAGGCAGGGAACUAGAAUUGUAUUUGGGGAUAUCUUCAUGAUUCAACAAUGGAAUCCUUACCUAAACCCCAGAAUUUUCUCAAUGAACUCUGAAGUUUUUGAUAUCAUACUGCAUAAUUUAACUCCAAACCAAACUCAUUUCCUAAAUGUCAAAAACAAUACUUCAGAACUAGGUGAACUGAUUUAUUGUUCUGCACCCAAUCCAACCCAGAAUGGUUUCAGCAGCAUGUCAAUUAGGUUAAGAAUCAACCUAUCUCAACCCCUCAUAUCUGAGACUUCAGCACCAAAUGAAUUUUAUGAGGAAAACCGAAUUGCUUUCCAAUACUUGGAGCUGGCUUUUCUGCAGUUUCUGUAAAAGAUUAGGUCAUUUAGCUGAGGAUUGCAUUGAACUUUUCAUUAUUACUCAUCCAAGAAUGCAUAUACCUCAACCUGUCCAACUUGCUCCUAUGGAUUUUAUGCCUGACCCUCAUGAUAACUACUCCGAAGAAGAAAGAUAUAAUGUGGACCUGGACGAACCAGAUUCAGAUUGGAGCGAUUGGAGCCUAGAAGUUUAUCCUCCUACUCCAAGACCGUCGCAUGUAUCCUCGGAUCAAGAACAAUCAGCAAUAUCUUCCUCUGAAGGAGAUCAGGCCUUUGCAGGAUACAAUCAAAAUGGUUUUGAUUCUUACAUGUCCUUGGAUUCUGAUGGAACUCAUUCUUAUGAGUAUCAUAGUUGGCACAGCGCAAGAAGCCUCAGUUCAGAUCCUGCUGAUGCUGAGCAUCUGAACUUGCAGGGCUGCAUACAAGUUCCGGAAAGAGCAUCUCCACUGCGUCAUCUUAGCCCCAGAAGCCCUACUAAUUUCAUUACCUCAGAUAUUGACCCUGAUUUUGAGGUGGUUUCUGAUGCGGACUCAAGCUCCCCCAACUUGCUUUCAGGCCAUGGGUAUAAAAGAUGGAACCCUGAACAUCAAAACUAUCUUCAUAGCUCUGGUAUUUGCUCUUCAUCCGCAACACACAUCUCAAGAAAAGUUUCACCUGAAGAUUUAGAGCAAUGGAGAUCUCUAUAUAAGCCCUGCAAAAGAAUCAAAAGUGCAGCAACAGAUCAUAUUUCUACUUCCAUAAGCAAGAUAGACAAUCUCAAAUCCAACAGCAGCAACACCAGUACUAGCAACAACCAGUAAUGACUCAUCAUAGCAUAUCGAAGCUCAACUCAUAUCUCCUAUCAGACUGCAUCUUGGGGCCGGUGGAUACCCCUCAUUUUGGUUACUGUUUAUUUUAUACCUUGUUCCUGGUGUUUUUUCAUAGUUUUUCUUGCAGGUGUCUUUGCUUUCUACUGUUUUAGUAUUCUCUGUUUUAAGUCUGUGUCUUGUUAUUAUCUAGUGUGUUUUAACCUCUCUGCUUUGCAGAGUGCUUUUGUUGUGCUAGUUAGCUUUGCCUGGUGUUACUCUGUCCACAGAGUUUUUUUGGUUAUAACCCAGGCUUCUUGUUUAAUAUCUUGUAUUAGCUUA